GGCCCUGGCAGAUAAACUCGCAAUCUGGGUUAUUGUUUCUCGCUGUGUGCGGUAGGAAUUAUUUCCGAUCUCGCCGUUCUGAGAGAAAACGGACAUACUAGAAGGAGAAAAUGGCGGGUGGAAAGGCAGGAAAGGACAGCGGCAAGGCCAAGGCAAAAGCGGUGUCUCGCUCACAAAGAGCGGGUCUACAGUUCCCAGUUGGUCGUAUCCACAGACAUUUGAAGACCCGCACAACAAGUCACGGUCGUGUCGGGGCCACUGCAGCGGUUUACAGUGCUGCCAUCCUGGAGUACCUCACGGCUGAGGUGUUGGAGCUGGCAGGUAACGCUUCAAAGGACCUGAAGGUCAAACGUAUCACACCUCGUCACUUGCAACUGGCCAUUCGUGGGGAUGAGGAGUUGGACUCUCUAAUCAAGGCGACGAUUGCUGGCGGAGGUGUGAUUCCCCACAUCCACAAGUCACUGAUCGGAAAGAAGGGCCAGCAGAAGACUGCGUAGAGAGCAGUGUAGCUGACUUACGGCUGGAACGCGGGCAGAUGGCGUAGAUGGACCAGACCAGCAGUUCACACUUCUCAGUUUUUAUUUUUUGUAAUUGUAGUCAAAGGUUAGAGCUAGAUUUUAAGUUGUAAUAUUUCAAAAAAGAUAAAGACCAAAAAAGAAACAUUUGUAUGUCUUACUGUUUGACAGGAAGUUAAAUUUGAUUGGCUCAAUUUAAAGUGUUUUAUACAGAAAAAUAAAUUGUUUAAAAUUGUUUUGCAAAACUGUAUUUAUGGAUUUUCUAGUGGGGUACUUAAAUGUCAAUGGUGUCUACACUUAAUACAGAAACUUAAGAUAAUUUGUUUCUCCUUGGCACCUGGAGAUGUGAUCGAUAUGUCAAUGCUAUUGGAACAAGGGUUAUACAGCACAGACUUUGCUAAAAUAAAAGUUGUAUGAAA